AUGUCCAUAAGUCAUGUUGAAAAAGAAAAGAAAUUAAUUAAAAAAACUAAAGAAACUAUGGAAACAGCUACUUGGAAACCUGUUAGAAAAAGGUCUAAUUCAACACGUUCUGGAAUUCGUUUAGGUAUGAGAAAAGGAACACCAUCUCCAUCAUCUACUCCACAAAUACAAAGUUCUGUUGUUAUUGAAUCAAAAGAAGCUCCAUGUGUAAUUGAAAGUAAUAAAAUAGAUAUUAAAAUUCAUGAACCAAACCAAAAAACUGAUGAAAUAUUGCAAGGAAAAUCUAGGUAUGCUGAUGUUCAAAGACAAUUUACAUUUUGCGAAGUUGUUGGAAGAGGAGGAUUUAGUGUGGUUCAUCGAGCAAUUUAUAAAAAAACACAUGAAGUUGUUGCAUUAAAAAUUAUUGAUAAAACAAUUGUAAGAAAAGAUCAAUUAGAAACAUUGUCAAGAGAAAUUGGAUUUGUUAAAUGGUGUGAACAUAAAUAUUUGUUACAGGUAUAUGACAUAUUAGAAGAUGAUGAUUAUAUUUAUGAAGUUCUUGAAUUUGCUCCUGGAGGAAAUUUAUUUCAACGUAUUACUAAAAAACCUUUAACUGAACAACAAGCCCAAUGGGUUGGAUAUCAAGUUGCUUCAGCAGUAUAUUAUCUUCAUACUCAAGGUAUUUGUCAUAGAGAUUUAAAACCAGAAAACAUUUUGUUAAUGGAAAAAGAUGAUGGUUUUAAUAUUCGUUUAGUAGAUUUUGGUUUAGCUAAGAAAUUUACUGAUGAUGUAUUAAAAACUCCUUGUGGUACUUUUGAUUAUGCCCCACCAGAAAUGUUACUACACACACCACAAUAUACUCAAUUAUGUGAUAUUUGGAGUUUUGGUGUAACUAUAUUUGUUUCAAUGUGUGGAUAUUAUCCUUUUGAUGGAAAUAGUUUAGCAGAAAAUAUUGAACAAAUGCAAUCUGGAGAUAUUAAUUUUGAUGAUGAUGAAUGGGAAUUUAUUUCUUUUGAAUGUAAAGAUUUCAUCCGAAGAUGUCUAGUUGCUGACCCAACAAGAAGAAUGAAUAUUGAAGGAGUAUUAACGCAUCAAUGGUUAUGUGGUGCUUCAGUUUAUUCAAAUCCUUAUUUUGCAAAUUUAUUAAAAGAAUUAAGUCAACAAACAAUGGACAAAGUUGUAGCACCUAAAAAAAUUACUAUUGAUAGAAAUUAA